GGUCGGAUCUGGGCAAGUUGUUCCCAUACAGGUGCUGCUCAAAGUUCUGAAAAACACCCGCCAUUAGCUCCAUAACCCUCUAUUAUCAUCUCCAUCCAUCCAUCCUUCAUUCUCUCUCUCUCUCUCUCUCUCUCUCUGUCUCGCUCGAGCUGAUGUUGACGAGUCCUCGACCUCCUCCUGCUUUCUUCCUCCCCUCGCAGCGCUCGCCACCUUCAGCUUCAGCCCCUCGCUCCGCAACAUUCUCUUCCCCCAGGUCGACCCUUUUGCUGAAUUCGAGCCAAACAUCAAGAAUCGGAUCGAGGGCGCCGCUACUUCACGUGCGAUGCCGCCGCGUCAACUCAUCACCUGAUAUCGAGUUCGACCCGGGGGCGUUCUAUGUGUUGUUUCGAGAACUCGGGCUCAGCGAGAAAGAGACCGAAUCUCUCGUGACCAGGGACCCGGAUUUGAGGCUGAAAUCUGUCGGUUCGUUGCGGGCUCGGGUCGCCUCUUUGAAAUCUGUCGGAAUCAGUGGCCUUGAGCUCUGCCAUUUGGUUGCGAAAUGCCCUUCUGUGUUGGCAGCAGAUGAGAUUGAUCCCUUGGUACAAUUCGUGCGCGACGAUUUAGAUGGGCAGGUUGACCCAGCGCAGCUCAAACGUCUCUUUAUGUCGACAGAGCCGCGGUUCCUAGUCGGAUUCGAGGGAAAGGUUAAUUUGCUGAUUGACGGUGGGAUUCCUAGAGAAAAGAUUGUUCAUGUUCUCAACAAUGUCAAUUUGACAAAGGCUUUGUCUCUUAAGCCGGUUGAAGAAAUUGAAAGGCUUGUUAAAUUCUUGAGCCGCUAUGGUGGGGUUGAUUUGAUUGUGAGGCAUCCCCCCAUUCUUAACUUUGACAUGGAUAGCCAGUUGAUUCCGAGAGUGGAGUUUCUCCUAGAACUUAGCGGAGGAGAUGAGGAUGCCACCGGGGCAGUGCUGCGCAAACUGCCGACCUUUUUGAAAUACCGUGUGGAACACGUGGAAAGCCAUGUAGAGUUCUUGAGGUCAUUUGCAGGAUUAGAUGAUCAAGAAAUAUUCAGGAUCAUUCUCGUGUUUCCUAACAUUGUUAGCGCGAGCAAGGAGAGGAAAUUGCGUCCCAGAAUUAGUUUUCUCAAAGAAUGUGGACUGAACUCCAGUGAGAUUUUCAAGUUCUUAACAAAAGCCCCUUUGUUUUUGGGUCUAUCUUUUGAGGGGAACAUUGCUUAUAAGCUUGGUCUUUUGGUGAAAAUUGGUUACAAGUACAGAACGAAGGAAUUCGCAGCUGCAAUAGGCGCUGUGUCUAGGACAAGUUGUGAGAAUAUGCAGAAGGUGAUCGAGCUCUUCUUGAGUUAUGGGUUUUCUUGUAAAGACGUGCUUCUCAUGAGUAAGAAGCAUCCUCAGAUACUUCAAUACAAUCCUGAUUCUCUGGAGGAGAAAGUGGAAUAUUUGGUAGGGGAGAUGGGACGCGACCUUGACGAGCUAUUGGAUUUCCCUGCUUUCCUUGGUUACAAACUGGAUACUAGAAUUAAGCAUAGGUAUGAGGUGAAGAAGAAGAUUAUAGGUGAAGGAAUGUCGAUCAACAAGCUGCUCAGUGUUUCGUCUGAGAGAUUUGCAAAGAAGAAGCUAGAAGAGCUGGUGCACAAAGCCUAAAAUGUAAAGGGGUUGCUAAGUUUCAUCCGCAGAAAGUCAUGGCCAAAUUGAUGGAAAUUGUACUGAUUUUUCUCAAAGCUUUAUGAGUUCAAGGUUUUGCCCUUUUUUUGGCAGGUAAAAUUCUGGCUGUGACUUCCUUAGGUGAAGAUAGAAAGUCAUCUUUUUCAUCCCUAAACCUGCAAAGCCAUUAUGAAAUGACUUGAGUAUGCUCCAUUUUAAGGUUAAAGCAACAAGAAAAGUGGCUGAUCUUUGUAUUUGUGUAACUGUCAAUUACAAAGGAAUCCACCUUGAAUUGAUAGCAA